AUCCUCGGCGCACAUUCAUCCCGGCUCUAGUCUAAAAUGAACAUUUCCAGCGUCAACUACUACUCGACUGUACAGUACCAAGAAACCGUCACACCUCAAGGGAGAGCCGAAGAUUUUUCUUGGAAGGAUGAUGGCAAUUUCAGUUAUAUCGAUGACAGUAUACUGACAUACUGCGAUGAAGAAGAUCCCGACGACCCGCAUCCCGUUGUAAGGGUUGUCAAGAGAAGAAACACCGCCAAUAGGAAAGAACGGAGAAGAACCCAAUCGAUCAAUAACGCAUUCGCAGAUUUGAGGGAUUGCAUACCAGCGGUACCGGCAGACACAAAGCUCUCUAAAAUAAAGACAUUGCGCUUGGCCAUUUCAUAUAUCAGUUAUCUCAUGGGUGUGCUAGAAAAUGAAGAUAGCGGUGAUGGUUUCAAAGCAGACUUGGCAUUGCUCAGAAAGAAAAACAACCAUGUUAGAUUCUUUGGAAACAGAGAGGAUAUGAAGAAAAGUAAAGGAAGAACUGGAUGGCCUCAACACGUUUGGGCACUAGAAUUGAAACAAGAAUCUGUUUAAAUAUGUAAAAUUUAUAUGAAAUGUUUUGUAUUAUCUUAGUUUUAAUACAAUUUUUAUCUUAACAUUUUAAUUGUAAUCAUUUUUUCUCUUACAAAAGCCUUAAAAAUUGCGACACAGGAGAUUUAGGUUAUGUAAACAGUUAGUCAGUGUGUUCAUUAAUUUUUGUAGCUUUAUAUAGAAAACUUGACGACAUAUCACUGUUCAUAAAUGUGUAGCAGUCAAUAUUAUCAUAAAGUAUCUGUCUUGUUUUUUAAAUAUAAUUUUAUAAUUGUUUAAUGUCAUUUAUAUACAUACUCUAAAACACAUUAUUUUUAA